UGCAAAUAUAUUUUGUUGUUGCCUAGCUGCUUGAACAUGUGUACAAAUGGUUCAGUAAUACAAAAUAAGAGUCUUACGUAUUUCAGUAGGAUUUCCAUAUUAAAAUAAUGUAGCACUAUUACAGCAUAAUAUGCGUGAACGUUUUUGAGUUUCAACGUGUGAUAAGUUGUCAAAAUCGCUUAUUAAAUGAACGAAUUAAUAUUUUAUUUCUAAGUUUCACUGUCAUCACAUUUCCGAUCGCGUUUGGACGAAAUCAAUCCUAUCGGCUUCCGUACGUGUGUAACUGUCAACAUGUUCAGCAUGGCGUCCUCUGUAAGGGCAGCUGCACGUCUUUCCUCUUUUUAUCUGUUUAUGUCUUCCAGACACAAUGUCAGCAGUGGGUUUAGAUGGUCCUGCCGGCUCUGCUCCUCUCGAGCGGUCAGGAGCAGUCUGUAUGAACACGUGCGGGAAGGUUACAGUCACAAACCUAAACUGGACAUGCAGCGCGUGUGUGAGGAGCCUGACGCAGUGAAGGGGGAGUUGGAGCAUCGGAAAGGAGAUCUACGAGCAGCUGAUGUCGGAGUCAUAAUCUCAGUCUGGAAGAAACUACAGGAGGUGCAGAAAGAAAUCUCAGAUUUGGAGACGAGGAAGAAUGUGAUCAGUGCCAAAGUCCGCGCUCUUGUGGAUGAACAUGACAAAUCUACUUUGGCUAGUCUAGAGGAGUACACAAGUGCUAGAGAAGAGGGUCGAGCAAUCAGAGAGAAACUUGGUCAGUUGUAUGUGCAAGAGGGGGAGCUGGAGAAAGAACAUUACUGCCGUGCCCUAAGAUUGCCCAACAGAUCACAUCCAAGUGUGCCCAUAGGGGAUGAGAGCCAGGCAAGAGUGGUUGAAUUGGUUGGUGAGAAACGAGAAUUUGAUUUUAAACCAAAAGGCCACCUGGAAAUUGGAGAGAGUCUUGACAUCAUAAGACAAAGACGGCUCGCCCAUGUGUCCGGGCACAGGUCAUACUAUCUCAGAGGUGCGGGGGCCACACUUCAGUUUGCCUUGCAAAAUUAUACUAUGGAUUUUCUCCAGAAACGCGGCUUUAUUCCCAUGGUUGUUCCUGACAUGUUGAAAUCAGUGGUUUUUGAGGGUUGUGGGAUGCAGCCUAAUGCUCAUAAAUCACAGGUGUACUCUCUGGACCCGUCACGCUUUCCUGACCUUAAUCUUGCUGGUACUGGGGAAGUAGGAGUGGCAGGCUAUUUCAUGGAUCAUGCUGUAAAUUUCAAGGAUUUACCCGUCAGGACAGUCUGUAGUAGCACAUGCUAUCGAGCAGAAACAGAUACUGGCAGAGAGGCCUGGGGGCUCUAUAGAGUUCAUCAUUUUAACAAGGUUGAAAUGUUCGGUGUGACUUCGAAUGAAACGGGAGAGGAAAGUGCCCAAUUGUUGGAAGAAUUUGUCAUGUUACAGAAGGAGAUUUUCUCUUCUCUGAAACUUCAUUUCAGAGUCUUGGAUAUGCCCACUCAAGAAUUAGGGCCUCCUGCCUUUCGAAAAUAUGAUAUUGAGGCAUGGAUGCCAGGACGUGGCGGCUUCGGAGAGAUUUCCAGUGCCUCAAACUGCACAGACUACCAGAGCCGGCGCCUUAACAUUCUCUAUGAGGGAGAUGAUGGAAACCUUAAGUAUGCACAUACGGUUAAUGCUACGGCUUGUGCUGUUCCACGCACUGUCAUUGCGAUUUUAGAGACACACCAAACCAAGGAUGGUACAGUUCUGGUUCCUGAAGUCUUGCGGCACUACCUCGGCUUGGAAGUGAUAGAAAAACCUAAAUACACUCCUGUUAAAUAUAUAGGACCAAACCAACCCAAGCGUCAUACCACAAAAUAACUCCUUAAUAGUAUAUCGGACUUCAGUGAAGUACAGUGAAUGCAAUGCAUAUAGGUCUUUUGACCAAGGGCGCAUCAGGUAAUCACAAGAAAGACUAUGGGUGCUCCAGAGAGGGAACAAAUUGUCAAAAACAAAAGUGGAUCCCAUUGCAAAAACAAAAAAUCCACAUCCAUGCACUCACAUAGCAAGCAAAGCAAAAAGCCUUUAAUUAUAAGACAGGGCUACAUAUUAAAAAACACAAACGUGUAUCAGCCCAAGCACGCUUUCAUCAGGCAUUUAAUCAAUGCUUGGGCUGAUACGCAUUGUUUUAAAAAAUAUAUAAUUAUUUGUUGGUGUCACAUAAUUAAAGGCUUUUUACUUUGCUUGCUGUGUGUCUGGAUGUGGAUUGAAGCAUGGAUGCCAGGACGUGACGGCUUUGGAGAGGUUGGAAUGAUAAAAGUAAAGAGUUCCUGUGAUUGUUAUUCAUGAGUAAAAAAAAUAAUAAUAAUCUAAAACAAAAAGAGUCUGCUUUCGAGUCCUGUUGGUAAAUAUGGGAUCUACUUUUUGUGAAUAUUAUCUCAAACAUUAAUGUGGCUUAUACAAAUUUUCAAUAAAAAGUGAAAGAGAA